UCCCGUGUCCGUGUGAUCCAAAGACCCGAAUCGUCCCGUCACGUAAUUCCCAUAGCUGGAACUGGAAGCUCUUUCUCCCCAAAAGAAAAAAAAAGUAGAGGAGCCCCGCUCUUCCCUCCCUUCCCCUCACCGCCUGCGGCGGCGCCUGUUCGAUUUCUUCCCCUCGCGCCCUCUUCAGCUGUUCCGGGUUCCAAUCGAAACCGAGAGCGCGCGGGACGCGCGGAAUAGGGAGAUCCAGUGGCCGAGCCACAGAGGGCAAGUUAGAUUAGUUGACCGAGGUUACCGGCCGCCUUUGUGUUCUCGUGUCAUGGGGAUGAUGUUGCUAAAUCGCCUCAUGUUCAAGCAGGAGCGGAGGCGUCGCCGGCGAAUCCGAGCCCACAAUCAAAAGUCUACUAAAGUGCCCAAGGAAAAGGAUUCACUCUGCCAAGAAGAUGAUCAUUAUGAGGAUGGUAAAACAUCAAGAUAUUCAGGGCCGAAUCUUCCUGAGAAAUAGGAGCAAUCAUGGCUGUAUGGUUGGAGAAAGAGAAAGAUGAUCACUUGUGAACUUGAGGAUACAUGCAUAAGAUGUCUGGUGCCAUAUACAUUCCCUAAUGCCACUGCGAGAUGCUGCCCAAUCUGCUUGUGUAUCUCAUGCGUUUUUACGUUCUUGGAGGUGUCACCCCAAUCUAAAUUUAACCGAGACAACAAUCUGCUUGAACAAAAGUGCAUGCAGAAAAAAGGGUGGUAUAGCAAGGUUUUUCACCAUGAGAGUUGACAACAUUCUGAAAAAUCACUCAGGCAUCGGUGUGAAAACACUCAAUCUUGUAAUCCCUGAUUCUUGCAAGGUUGAUACACACUGUCUUAAUCGUUGGCUUCAGAUUGCUAUUGCACCUGGGAUUGAAGAAGUCCUAAUUUCUUUUCCUCAAAAUUACAAGACAAAGUACAGUUUCCCAUGCGCACUUUUAUUUGGUGGGUGUGGAAACUCAAUUCGACAUCUCUGUCUCAUUGACUGUGCCUUCCGUCCCCCGGUUGGAUUUGAUUGCUUGAGAAGCCUGACAAAGCUGCAUCUAUAUGAAGUUUGUAUCACGGGGGAUGAGUUAGGGAAUCUUUUCUCCAAUUGUUUCACUCUGGAGCAGGUGCAACUCAGGUCUUGCGGUGAGCUAAUCUCCCUGAAGAUGCCAUUCUGGCUGGAGCAGCUCAGCUUCCUUCGUGUGUCUGAAUGCAACAUGCUCCAAGUGAUUGAGAUCAAUGCUCCAAACCUCCACACUCUGAAAUUCUUCGGUGACCCAGUACACCUCACACUUGGAGAAUCAGCGAAAGUGAAGAACCUAACAUUUAAGCAUUCAAAUAAUAGCUCUAUCAGUUAUGCUAUUACCAAGCUUCCUUCCACUGUGCCAACUCUUGAAACUCUUGGAGUAACUUCGUUUAGCGAGAUUAAUACACCUGUGGUAACCGACAAGUUUCUUAAUCUGAAGUGUUUAAGGAUUUAUCUUUCUGGUGAUGAGGUUUCCCCCCCAGCCUAUGACUAUUUGUCUUUGGUUUCGUUUCUGGAUGCUUCACCUGCCUUGGAGACUUUCAUCUUGAGUGUACAUCACAAGGAUGUGAAGCAUGGUUCUGUUUUUGGGAAUGCCUCGCAUAUGAGGCAGAUUCUUGGGCACAAGCAUGACAGGCUCAGGAAGGUGCAGAUUAAUGGCUUCUGGGCAGCAAAGAGCAUGGUUGAGCUAACUUGUCAUAUUCUUGAGAAUGCAACAUCCCUUGAAAGUCUUACAGUGGACACCAUAUUUGAUGGGUUCAUGGGUGGUGAUGUCCGUAGGUGCUCUAUCCAAAGGGGAAGUAAAUGUAGGCCCAUUCCCAGGGAUAUGAUAUUGGAAGCACAUAAAGCGCUCACGGCUGUCAAUAGGUACAUCCUAGGAAGGGUACCUCCUGCAGUUAAGUUAAAUGUUUGGGAGCCUUGCAGUCAGUGCCAUGCUAUAGAUGUUCAGUCACCUUAAUUUUCCAAUAUUUGACCAUUCUACAGUGCUGCGUACUGUUCCCAUGACUGUUCAGUUUUAGUCUGAUCUGAAUGCAUUUUUUUUUUUAGCUUCAUGUGUGUGAGGGACUGAGGGUCGAGUCAAUAAACAACUAUUUGGAUGGUGUGGUUUGCACUUUGUUUCUUAUGUUAUCAUACUAUUUCGACGUUGUGGUUUGAUUUC